CAGACAGGACGUACAUUCACUUCAGGAGGUGUCCAUCCGUCCAUCCAUGAAAUGAAUGAAAUGAAAUCAGUGCACACCACACCAUCAUCACGAUGCAUACGGCCGGUCGGCCUCGGUCGUCCGUGACUUGUACGCCAUAUAUAACAAGGCACAAAAAACAUGCACACACCAGCAAGAGGCAGUCGCUCAGUCACACAGGCAGGCAGGUAGGUAGGAAGAGGAGAAGAACCACGUGGCUCAUACAGCAUCAGCAGCACAGCAACAUUGCAGUGAGUGACAAAGAUGCAGCAGGCAGGCAGGCAGGGAAGCCAUCAGUCAGCCAGUCAGCCGAUCAGUCAGUCAGUCAGUCAGUCGGUCGGUCACAUGCUCAGGCAGGCAAGAACGUUAAGAAAAGGCAUCCGAUUGACGCCACCACACUACUUGCUUACUGCGUGUGUAGGUGUGAAGGAAGCCCAACGAAUUACCUCCCAUGACAGUCAAUGUACCAACAUCCCAUCACCCACCCUCCAAGGGGCACGUGUGCGAUAGCACAGCGAAAAACCCUCGCUCCCCUUUGUGUUGCAUAAGACACGCACAUGGAUGGAUGGCAUGUGCAGGCAUCAUGCUGACUGACAUGUAAUUAUAGGUAGGUUGAUGAAGGGAUGGAUGGAUGGAUGGAUAAACAGACAGGUGUAUUGUAUGGUGCAUGGUACGGUGGACAGGGGCAAAAUUACAGAUCCUUCCCUUCGCGACCGCCUUGGUGUACACGUGAAGGGAACGAUCAUGGUAUGGUAUGGUAUGCAUUGCAUAUACAUGAUACUCAUGUACGUAUGUAUUAUGUAUGGGACAGACAGCACAAUACAUAAUGGCACCCAUGUAUGUAUUAAGGCUCUCUCUUACGUAUGUAUGGAUGUAGGGUAGGGGGGUUAUGUACACGUACAUGUACAAGUACACACACACAACCGCAAAAAGUGCCUCGGUGCCUGCGGGCGGGCAGGAGUGUCCUCUCUUGUCGGUCGACAGACAGAAAGACAGAUAGACCCCACGCUACAGGUGACGGCCGACAACAACCGCAUGGAACAUGCAAUUGAUCGGUACCUACAGACGGCCGGCACGAGUAGUGUGACAGAAAAAGUGACACGGAAAGACAGACAGGCAGGCACCGGGGAUGGCUCGAUUGUCGAUCAAUGGACAUGAACACAGUGAUGAACGAUGAGACCGAUAAAGCACCACGCAAUACUUACACACACACACACACACACGUACACACAAACAUGCAAGCGAUACGCUACACCACAGGCGUGCAACACAGAGAUCCAUCACACGAACACACUCACUCGUAUACACACAGCAAGACAUGGACACAUGCAGCCACGCAUUGCAUGCGAAGAGGCGGGCUAGAGCCCCUUUCGGCUCGCCCGGUCCUUCUUGUCGCGGAAUACCCUGUACAUAUCCCGCCACCCACUGCCGGCAUUGAUCAGGCGGUCCACCACGAAGGCCAUGCUGGACUGGAAGUCCGUCAAGGGCACCUCCUGGCUGUCGUCGAAACCCGCGGUGUCGUCCUCGCCGCUGCUCAAGAUGUCGAUCGACGACGUUGAGCUGUGAUGGAAAGAACCGCCCCUCCGCACUGGAGAUGAUGUGCCUCCCUGACAAAAACGCAUAUCAGAGAUGCGAUGACGAGAUGUCUCUCCGUCUCAAUGGUGGCGUGUGAGCGUACCUUGAGCUCUAAUGACGGCAGCAGGACCGUCCGUGCGACGCCAGUGGUAGGGUCGUGUAUUGACCUCUUCCGCGCCUUGUAGACCUCGAAGGUGGACCGCCACAGGAACUCGACCACGUCGGUGGGGAUGUUCUGCAUGCCCAGCUGCUCGAUGAUCUCCUGCAUCGCCUCACUCGUCAGCGUCAUGAUCUCAGAACAGCACAUCUUCCGCUGGUCGCUCUCUAACCGCGCUGUCAGAGAGAGGGACAGCGUCGCCGUCACGCGCCUCCAGAACGUCCGCGCACGUUGCCCUGACGUCGCGUCGGAUGACGGGCUGGCGCCCUCGGUUGCCCUCGACUGGCUCGCCUGGCUGGCCUGAGCACCUCGUGACUGGCUCGAUGGGCCGCUCUCAGGUGUGCUGGCUCUUCCGGAGUCGGCUGGGUCAGUCCCUUUGUCGUCGGCUUGCGGGUCUUCUGGCCACCCUUGGUCGCCCCGCGAGGCCUUGCGUGGUGUAGGGGAUUGAACGGGCAUGUGUGUAGGGCCGUGAAUUGUCGCUGCACGGCGAGAUGAGGAUGCCGUCGACUGGUCGGCGGAUGGGACAGUCGUCCAGCAUUGCCGCAACAUGGCCGUAUGCUCUCGUUGGGGGACCUUCUGAGCGGUGACGGGCGAGCAAGGCACCGACUCGUCAUCGUCCCUCUCUGAGCGCGUCUCUUGCACCGCCUGUGUGCUGUCUGUGCUCGCCCGCGGGCGGUAGAUCCGUGGCGGGGCGCUGCUGAUGGUGGCGGGCAGGGGCAGUGAUGCCGCACGCAGCGCCCAAGAGUCGGUUGUAAGUGUCCGCAUCCGGCCGUUGGACGGGGGGCCAGACGGUUCCUUGGUUCUCAUAAUCAGGGUGAGCUCUCCGCGCUCCGUGCUGAGACGCACCAGUGGCAGCUUGGCUCUCCUCCUGUCGGUCGACGCUGCGAUGCCGAAGGCCAUCUUGCGAAGGGGGCCCAGGGCACUGUCGGUGUUGCUCUUCAUCAGCAGAAUGGACGUCAUGAGGACCUCGAGGGAGUGGUGAAUGGUGUGGAAGAUGAGGGUGAUGAUGUGGAACGAGUUCAUAAUGACGAUAAGCGCCGUCACGGCAUAGCCCAGCCCUUUCUGGAAGCCGGGGUCGUCCUCAACCAGCGGGUGACCCGAUGUGCUCGACAGCAGCAUCAGACACCACAGAGAGAUGUUCCAAAUCAGCAACCCUGAACGAAUCGAUGAAUGAACAAACAGACAGAUGAGACAGAUGCACGCACCCCACUGCCAUUCGUACCUUGCGCCUCCAUGCGAUUGAGCAGGUCGAACGUUCUCGAGUCGAAAGGCUUGAUUUUGAGCUGCAGGAAGAGUGACAGGCCCGCGAUCAGCUGCCAACACACCAGCUGGAUCAUCCCAUUACCCAGAGACGCACCAACCUGCAGACACACAAACGGAGAUACGGACCGAGACAUACAGGAAGUGACCGACAACCCCCCCACGUCUCUCUGCUGGCCACAUCCCCCGCACCCACCUGAGCUAUGACCAGAGUUGCAAUGCGUCUCAGGGCGAAAACAGCAUCAUAGAAGUAGUAGGACCGACGGUAGCCGUUGUACAAGAAGCCGAACAUCCGCCUCGUUUGCCGUUUGUAGAGCCGCCCCGACUGCUUGUACGAGCACAGAAUGCUCAGUGCCGCGAUGACCGGGCCGAAGGACCACACGCACAGCCCCACGACGGCGACGAUGGUGUAAACGAGAUGUUCGCGCUUGUAGCACUCGAUUGAGGUGUCGAGCAGUGAGAGGCGGACGGUUGGAUAAGGCUUCUCGAGGAGUUUGCCGGGGGGCUCCCACCAGGGGAUGGUGGGGAAGGUGCGGCAAGGGAGGAUCUCCAGCAGCUGACGCGUCACGGCUGAGGACGACAGGUAUGGACACAACAAUACCACGCGACAUCUUCGUCUCGUCUGCUGUCUGUGUGCCCGUCUUACUUGGAUGGAUGAAUGUGAGGCACACAAUCCAGAGCUGAGGGCACAGGAAGUGCCGCCACCAUUCUGGUUCGCCCCGCACUUCGCUCUCGAGGCUGUUGGUCGAGCUCGACCGCCUCGACAGCCCACACCGCCAACUGUGGAAUCCCUCUGGUUCUGCCCGUGUGUCCCUCGCUGAUGGGUCAUCUCUCCGCAUGGGACUGCGCGCCUCGUCCUGUGGUGUCGUCGGUCCACCACGCCAGGGCUUGGAGAAGAGCGAUGGCAGGACUUUCCAGAGGCCCCAGCAGAGUGUCGCCACAGCCAGCCAGAGGAGCGGGAAGGCGAUCCAUGCGGCCCUCUUGAUCAACAUGGCCUGCGCCCCAGUCAUGUUAAGAUCUUCCUUCAGUAGACACUCCCACCUGCGGGUCAGGCAGACAGCACAUUGAUGGGACACAAACGUUCUGCUCAUCGGCUGUGUCGGCUCACGUGAAGUCUGCUGUCACCACACCACCUGAAUGAGAUACACAACAAAGCGAGAGAACAGCAGAUUGCGAAAGCUGCAUAUGCAUCGUGUAGAUGUGUGGUGCCUUUUCAUACCGUCCCAGCUGAAAUACUCUCGCAGGACCUGAACGGCUUCGGAGGGCAGCAUGUGGCCGCCUUGGACACCGAAGCGCGCCAGCGCGCUCACGACGGUGAAAUGAUUCAGUGCGAUCUUGAUCAGCAUGCUGAUCCGGACAGAUGGAGAGACAUACACACACGGGCAUGUGACAUACUUGAAUGAUGUGCCUUGGCCAGUCUAUAUGACGCACCUGUGGACCGACGCGCGAGGCAAAGUGGACGACCUGAGAGAGAAAGAGAUCAGCACGACACCCACAAGUGCACCCGGAUGCCAAUUGAGCUGUGGUCAAGAGAGCGGACCUUUGCGAGAGCACGGUUGCCGCGAAUAUGACGGCGAGGAUAAGCACGUAGAGGAAGAUGGAGAGCAGCACGUUCAAGGCCUUGUUGUUGCAUUUCCGGCACAGCCCUAACGACGUUCCCACACUCCGCCACCCCCUUUUGCACGACCCACAGAGAUGCCCCUCAUGUCCCUCCUGCACACACACACACGAGGCGACACGAUGCGUGCAGAGCCGUCAUGUGUGUCCCUCUCCCUCCCUAUCUCACCUUGCACUUGUUCAGCUUUUCGACCAUCGUGUUGUUGUGCCGCACGGACCCCUCACAUGCUUCAGGGAUCGGACAUUCCACCAAUACGGGGCUUGACGUCACGUAUGCGUCAUACCUGAACAAACGAAUCACAAGAGCAACCCCAGAGUGGCCGAAGAGUGGGCCGACAUGUGCACAUGCCUACGUCGAGAUUGUCAGCAGCAGCUCUAGUGAGCGAUUCGGGGCUGUGGGCUCGCCGGCUGUCUCGUAGAUGGCGGACAGGUUUAUCCCCCGCACCAUGGCCAGGUGCCCGAGCUCGAGCGGCUGAUUGCCGCCCUCCAGCACCGCACGCACUGUGGCAGACGGACCCACUGCCCCGAUGCACUUGACGUCCUUGAUCGGCAGAAGAGGCACCGUAAGGUUGACCUUAGUCUCCAGCUCGAAGUACCCCUCGUUCACCAUGAAGGCGGCGUGGUAGCCAUGAGUGGAGUCGUCGGCAUAGUCAGGCCCACAUGGAGCAUCUUCUUCUCUGACCCCUUUUGGCAAUGGAUGGCACUGAUUAUCUGCACGUUUCCUGGACAAUGAGACAUGCACAAGGGAUGUGAGGGUCAACGUGUUUGUUGCUGUUUUUGUCUUACAGGUAGAAUCCCUUGUCGCAGAAGCAGUCCUCCCCCUUCGUAGUAGCCCUUAGGCUGGUGAAGUGUUUGGGGCACUUCUUGCAGCUGGCGUCGUUGCCUUCGGUGUCCUUGUACGUGCCGGCCGGGCAUUCGCGACAUUUCUUGUCCUUGAGAUCGUAAACCCAGCCCGUGGCACAUUCGCAUGCCGUCCCGUUAUUCGUAGCAACUGUAACCAACACAGGACAACAACGAAACCAGAAAGCAUCUCGAUGACCGCGUCCGUUCAUUCAUCGGUAUCCCCCUCACUCACUCACCAGAUCCCUCAGGACACUCCUGGCAAUCAACCCAGCCCUUUUCCCGAAUCGUGACUUGGCCUUGGGGGCAUUCGGUGCAGUCGAGGCCCUUGCCCUCAUAGCCGUCCUGGCAGCGGCACAGCACUUCCUCCUUCACCGUCACGUCGAGGUCGAUCUGCUGCAGGUAAGGGCAUAUUUUGGUGCACUCGACGCCUGUUAUGUUGUUCUCCUCAUAGGGGCGAUAGCCGUUAAUGUCGGCCGUGAGAUGAGCCUCGCCGUCCCAGCCCGCCUCCAAGAACAGCUGUUCGUGCUCCUCACAAGUCUUGUUGUCAUGCUCCUGGAUCUGAGCAUUCACACACACACACACGUGUACACAUACACGCCGGUUUUAAGCAGUGCCUGUACUCUGUCUGCAGCGCACCUCUUCCAUCCGAAGAUCGGGGUUGAGGGUAAAGUUGGCGCGAUACAUCUUGAUCCAGUUGUGGCGUGCGUCCCAUCGUCGCUGCAUUGGUUGAACGGUCAUGUCGAUCGAAGUCAGACUGUUAUUGGCCAGGUUCAGGAACACCAAGGACGUGGGUAUCACAUCCCUAUGCAAAAACAACCAGCCAGGAAUAGCGAGAUGUAUCAACGCCGCAUCUCGCCACAGCUCUCUUUGUGUCGUGCUUUGCUUACACUCCCUCCCUGAUCUCCUGUAUGGAAUUGUUCUUGAGGUUUAGAAGCUGCAGCUGUUCGAAGCCCUUCUUGACGCCCAGGCUGGUGUUGAGAGUGAGGUUUUUCAUGACGUCAUCCAGAGUGACUACGUCGUUAAGGGUCUCCACAUCCACCACAUGUUCGUCAGGGUCGAAGUCAUCCACCACAGGCUCAUCACUCGGGUUUGGAUCCACCAUGCUCAUAUUCGUGGCGUUCUCCGUCAGCCCAUAGGCAGCCAUGAACGAUUUCUUGAACCGCCGGAAUGGUGGCGUGUCGAGUAGCCCUGUCCGCAGAACCUCGUCCAUAUCAAUCGCGUUCACCCCGUCAGGCGUGAGGGCGCCGUGCAGACCGUUGCUCUCGCCAAAGAUGGCAUGGAUGUAGUCGUUGUAUUUCCAAGGCAUCAGGAACUCAUCAGCCGUGACGUUGAUCUGGUUGCCGCGAAGCGAAAGAUACCGGAUGGUUGGCCAGUAGGGCGGGGGGUUCUGCACAGACACGUACACAGCGGACGUCUCAUGGCAGUUUGCGCGCGGUGUGAAUGCACCUACCUUGAGGAUCUGGGCAACAAUGCGGGCUGACGGACUUGGGCCUGAACAGACAGACAGACAGACGGACAGACGGACAGACAUGUUGACGGGUCGCUCCGGCUCGCUCCUGCUCUCUGGCAGCGUCCUGCCUUGACUCGUCUCCCUCACUGGUGAGUCGAGUGUGAAGUCCAGGGUCGUGUAUUCCCCAUCCCGAGCCGAUACUCUUGAUGUGAUUGCAACUCAAGAACAGCCGCCGCACUGCAAACACAUUCACAUACAUGAAAACCACACCGACUCCCCAUCCCUCCCCCCUUCCCACCCUCCCUCGUGCCCGCGUGUGUAGUACCUGUCUUAAUCCGCCGCCAAUUGGGCGGGAUCCGCGGCAGCUUGUUGUUGGAUGCGUCCAGAUGCACAAGCCUGAAAUGAUGCACAAAACAAGCCGAUUUCAGCCAGCCAUCGGUGUCGCCUUCCUUCCUUCAGACACUUACGCAGGUGGAAUCUCCCAUGUCCCGCCUUCCCAGCCCGUAAAGUUGUUCCGCCCCAGCCGCAGCGUGUGCAGACCGUCCAGCUUGCUGAUCCACGCGGGGAUGAGUCCUGUGAAGUUGUUGCUCUCCAGCUCGAGCGUGGUCAGGUUCUGCAGGGCCUCGAGAGUGGCAGGCAGCUCGGAUAGAUUGGUCCUGCGAAAGAUGAGUUCCCUCAGCGACUUCAGAUUGUUGAACGAGUCGGGGAUCGGGCCAGUUAUAUUCUGACGAAGACAGCAACGCACGAUCAAAAAGGAAUGAACGCACCAGGGGCGCCCGAGUGAAUCGAUUGUUGCUGUCUGCCUGACCGGUGAGCCGACGAUCUCAAACUCUUCCAGUUUCGUGUUGGUGCCGUAGAAUGGAGGGAUGGGCCCCCUGAUGUCUCUGCACUCUUGAAGUCGGAAGACAGUGAGGUUCUUCUGCAGCUUGAGAGCAGGGAGCGGGCCCUCAACGCCAGAGUUCCUGAUAUCCACUUCCUCAAGCUCCUGGCAGUGAUCGAAGGACCCAGUCAGGCGGCCCGUGAUGUUCUCGCCUGCCAGCCUCAAGACGCGCAACGUUCUGCAGGGAGCGGGCCCAGUAGGGCCGUGGUUGAAGAGCGACUGCAUGGUGAAAUCGAGGUUGGUCUUUAUCAGGCUGAGGGACUCCAGUGACGUGGUGAAGAGCUCGUGAAAGGAGGGCGGCAGGGUGCCAUUGAUCGGGGUCUCGUCAAUGUAGAUGCCGCGGAGGAGCUUCAGCGACGUUAUGUUGUUGGGAAGGGGGCCACUGAUAUGGGGACACCGGUCGAUAUAGAGCACGCGAAGACCGCCCGUACAAUUCCGUUCCCCACUUGAUGGUUCUGAGCAACUGGCCUCGAGAUUGCCGAUCUUCUCGGAGAGUGUGCCUUCGAUUGGCGCAUUCAUCAGGACGACGCCCAGGAGGCCUUUCAGCUCGUAUAAGGAAUCGUUCAAUGGUGAGCCACCAGGGGGGAACUUCAGCUGCGUCUGGUACACGGGGUCGAUGAUCACAAAGUAUCCCUCCACAAGAUCAGGCAAGUCCGUCAGGAGAUGCUCGGGUCCCCGCUCACCUCGCCGAUCUACUCGUAUGCAGACCAUGAAGGGGAGCUCACAGACGGGGAAUUGAGCGGGCACGUCGCUAGCCUUGAUGUUCAUGCUCUUGAUGAAGUUCCUCAGAGGUUCUUUGGCGUCCUCGUCGCACACGUCGCAGCCCUCGCGGACCAGCUGUAUCUUCUCGGGAGGAGCCAUCCGGUCGCUCAUCGCGUGGUACCUCCACAGCAGCUGGAUCUUGGAUCGGAUGAUAGACUGCAUUGGCCUCGGCGAGCCAGAGGGGGUGCCGUCGAACCAGUCCGUGUAAUUGUACGUCUUAUUGGCCCCUCCACCAGCAUCUGGGGGUCGAGAUGUGGGCCAGCUGUCAUCGGGCACCUGCAGACGCCGGUGUGGCGGCACGUAGAAAGGGUCCGGUCCUUCCCGAGCUUCAGAGAGGGAUCGAUAGUAGGGAUCGUCAUCCAACGUGUCGUCACCAUCGCCACCAUCACGAUAGGGAAAGGAAGGGUCGCGGGAGGACGCAGCUGGUCGCUCCGGGGAGCGUCCAAGGGCAAAACCAAGACUUCGAGCCCCAUCGGUGGCGCUGGAUCUGGCCGAGAGGGUCGACAGAAGAAGAACGGAGAGCAGUGAGGCGCCAGAAAAAGAAGGACGGGUCAUUGUCAUCAGAUCAGGGUCCAGAACAGCACAGUAGUACCUCCCCUCCCCUAGCGGACCCAAG